CUCACACUUCCUCUCUCAAGCUUCCGGAAACACCACAAGUGAAAUAAAGAGUCUCCUAGACUUCUCCUCGAGAAGACUCCAGCCUGCCGGAGAUGGCUCAGCACCACCUGUGGAUCUGGUUCCUUUGCCUGCAAACCUGGUCUGAAGCAGCAGGAAGAGGAGCAGAUUCAUCCGUGGUGUAUGGGAUUCUUGGGGAGUCAGUUACUUUCCCCUUAAACAUUCAGGAGCCACAGAAAGUUAGGAUCAUUGCCUGGACUUCUGAUUCAUCCGUUGCUUUUGUAAAACCCGGACUCCAAGGAGCACCACCUGAUGUUACUGUGACCCGGGCUGUUUAUGAAGGACGACUAGAUGUCAUAGCUCAGAACUAUGACCUAGUCAUUAGAAACCUGAGGAUGGAGGAUGCAGGAACUUACAAAGCAGACAUAAAUGAAGAGAACACCCCCACCACCACCACGAAGCACUACCACCUCCAUAUCUACCCUCGGCUUGGAAAACCAAAAAUUAUACCGAGUUUAAAAACAUCUGCAAACAAUUUUUGUAAUGUCACACUGACAUGCUCUUUGGAGAAAGAAGAAAAGAAUGUGACAUACAGUUGGAGUCCCUCGGGAGAGAAAAGCAAUGUCCUUCAAAUCUUCGAGUCCCCCAAGGAUCAAAACUUGACUUACACAUGUACAGCCCAGAACCCUGUCAGCAACAGCUCCGACUCUGUCACUGCCCAGCAACUCUGCACAGACAAUCCACGUGACCUUCGCUCUCGUAUGUUUCUAAGUGGACUGGCUGCUCCCCUGUUUAUUCUCAUUCCACUUUCAGUAUUUCUGUUCUAUUGGAACAAGAGAAGACAAAAGAGGAUUGACCUGGAAGGUGAUGUCCCAAAGGGAACAAUAUAUGCCCAAGUUUCAAGAAGUAAUCAUCCCACAGAGUCCAGAAUCUAUGAUGAAAUCCCGGAGUCCAAGGGGAUGACCCACAAAGAAAAGCCAAUGCACACCAUUUACUGCUCAGUGCAGCAUUCUGAGAAGGUGCAGAAAAACAGCACCAAGGAUGACAGCCCUCCCAAGACUCUGGGUAAUGAAAUUGUCGUCUAGGUGAGCAGGCAGAACUCUCCCACUGAGAACCGAAGUUACAACCAGUGAUAGGGCAGGAGUGCUGGAGACCUAGACCUUCUUUGGCUAUCCCUUAUCAGGACAUUUCAAAUCACCAUAUGCAAAAACACAAGCACAGCAGGAAACCUGUUGGUGGGCACUGCUGGUACCCAGAUGGACUUAU